GUUUUGAUAAUAAUUUAAUAAUACCGUAUUCAGUAUUUACUAUUUACUAUUUGUGUUUUUAUAUUAAUUAGUAUUGAAGUAAGUUAACUGUUAAAUCAAUUAAGUCAGACUGCCGGGCACACCAUUGAACUAUUUAAAUUAUUGUGUAUAAUAUUAUUAAUUGUUAAUACAUUUUUAUACAUCAUAUAACAAUGGCUGCCGUAGCAAACAAGCCAAAAUCUGAAAUGACUCCAGAAGAGUUAGCAAAACGUGAAGAAGAAGAAUUCACUACAGGCCCCAUGUCGGUAUUAACCCAAUCUGUACGUAAUAAUACUCAAGUGUUGAUAAACUGCCGUAACAAUAGAAAACUUUUGGCAAGAAUCAAAGCAUUUGACCGACAUUGUAACAUGGUAUUAGAAAAUGUACGGGAAAUGUGGACUGAGUUACCUAAAACGGGUAAAGGCAAAAAAAAAGCAAAAGCUGUUAGUCGAGACAAAUAUAUUUCUAAAAUGUUUCUACGAGGUGAUUCAGUUAUUUUAGUGGUCAAGAACCCUAAAGAAGCUGUUCGACAACAACCGCCGGCCCCUUGAUAUGUAUUUCUUCUUUUCACAAAUUAUAUUUAAGAUGUUUGCAUUUAAUGUACACCUAUUACUUGAUUUGA